AUGGUCCUCGGGUUUCGCGCUUCGUACCACCCUGCGCAAAGCGCGAGCCACAACUCCUACCAGAGCCCACUCGUCUGCCCCUGCGCAGCAUGUUUUGACAAGGAGGAGCACAGGCAGACGCGGGAGGCUUGUGAUCAUCCCGCGAAAGAGAUAAGAAUACCUUCUGCCGGCGGCUCUGUUGCCAAACCGGCUCCGGUCUGGAAACGGAAGGAGACCGCCGGCUGGCAAAAAUUUGGACUUCCGCUGGGCCGGAGGCGGACUGCCGAGUCAACGGCCUCGACACGGCCGCUACGGACUGCGGCGCAGGAAAUCCCCCAAGCCAAGGAAUAA